AUGGCACCUAAACGACCACCAGACCCCAACGAACUGGUAGGGCUUCGCGGCUUAGAUUCUGUGGAAUUCAACACGAUUCUGUUAGAAUUAGUACAGCCAUCAAAGCUCCCAGACAAUCAUGACUAUUCACGCGAUAUGAGACCGCUUGCGGUUUGCAACUUCCAGGCCGAAAUGAAGGUUUUGAAAACGCUUCAUUGGCAGCCUGACUUUGAUGCCAUCCUGGAGCGCACACGGAAAACUGUCACCAAUAUCGAACUCUUCUUUCCAGACAGUGACAUCAACGACUUUAUUAAUCGACAAAGUGAAGCCGAACAUGUUACCGAAUUUAGUCGCGAGCACCCAGACCAACUCAAAGAGUUGUUCAAGCUUAGCCGCCAGCAGUACACUUUAGAGCAUAUGCUCACUUCAAUUCAGCCAGUGCAGAACCGCGAUCUCACUGAACUUUGCAAAGAGCAAGGUAUUACAUCUUGGCCAGACCUGAAGCUCUACACUGGAAUUUUAGCACCUUUUGUACAGGGGUUAAAGCCGCAUCAAGUUAAUGAUGCUACUGCGAUUGUUGCUCAGGGAUUCACUGAUUACAGGCAUACAAUUUUGGCCAGUGACAGCGGCACCGGAAAGACCAAGACAUACUUCGCUGCCAUAGAACUGACGUACCGAAGAAAAUUGAAACAGUAUCUACGCGACAGAGAAGAGUAUGGCAAAUCAGAUGUUAAAUUCUAUCCUACUCUAGUCUUGACACCCUCCGAUUCGAUCUUUGAGACUUGGAAGGAGGGAAGGGACCAUUUUCCCAACCUGCGUCUGCAGGCCUACUAUGGGACAUCGGCAUCUGAGUUUCCAGAUACGCACGCCAGAGUCAUCCAGACGACAGAACUACAAGACCAACUAUGUUCAUGGGCUGCAGCAGACUCUGAUCCAGAGACUGGCUUGAUCGUGAUUAUCUCGACAUACCCAACAUGGUCCGUUCGCAACAUCAUUAAACUCGAACGCUACGAGAACCAGCAAGCUGAGGGGGCAAACGGCUGCUUUAAAGGAUAUGCCAACAAGUAUAAGGCUCUCGACGAGAUUAUAUUCGAACACGUUAUCGCUGAUGAGGCCCAGAAUGCUAUGGACGCCAGUAGCAUUUACAACAUCAUGCUGGGACUCUUGUCAUGGAAGAAGCUACUCUGGGUCACCAGAACUCUAGUCUUGAGUUCCUUCAAGGAUUUGAUUUCGCUAUUAUCACUGAUGUGGAAAGCCUACGGCAUCACGGUCAAUUUUGAUACGCCCUUCCUCGGCUAG